AUGAGUCCUAUCAUACCACCAGAGAGCACUACAUCGUCACCAUCUCGUAGCACCACACAGGCAACAACAACCAUUGUGCCAACAGGUAUAACUACAACGACAACUGAAACGACAGAAGUUCCUCCAGCAGCUUCAACAAUAGCUACGGCAGAAGCUACCCCAGCACCACCGUCUACCGGAACAGCCACGACCAGCACAACAACUUCGCCAUCUAGUACGACACUGACAACAAGUGCAACAACGUGCUACAGCAACUACAACACCACCUACGGCAGAAGCUACCCCAGAGACACCGUCUGUGUCUGUGACAUCGACUACGGCUGGCACAACCAAUGCAGCUCUAACUACGGCACGAGGAACCACCGCGGAUAUGACAGGAAGUUUUAUCACAAGUACAACAGAAAUGACGAUGUCCUCGACGCCAACGACAGAGGGCACCACACCACCACCGUCUGCCGGAACAGCCACGACAAGCACAACAACGUCGCCAAAUAUUACGACAAGGACGACAAGUGCAACAACGCCUCCAACGAGAACAACAACAGUUACUUCUGGCACGACGGCAAUAACUGGCCCGGCUUCUACAAGUACAACAACAGAAAUGACGAUGACCUCGACACCAACGACGGAGGACACCACACCACCACCGUCUGCCGGAACAGCUACGACAAGCACAACAACUUUGCCAUCUAG